CUUAGUUGACGGUCACACAGCGCACCGAGCUGCGUUUUUCGUUGAUAAUUUUUAAAUUUAUUUAUUAGUUUAUUGGUUGGAAAUAGAGCUGCCCCCCAACUGCCCGCUGACCACGGAAUUAUCGGUCCGGUCCACCGCCCUCCGCUUUCACACACCAUUCGGCAAUCGAUAUAUACGCUGACGGUAAUUGGAGAACGUUUUUUCCAUUUUAUCUCCACCUUGUCCGCACUUCGUUUUGUGCUCUCUUUGUGCGCUGCCUCCGCUUAACAUUUGGGCCUGUAAGAAACACAUAUAAGCAGAAAAGCCCUCCGUGUGUGCCUGUGAAAUUGGUUAAAUUACGUCCAGUGGAAUGGGCCAAUGGCCAAAAUGCAAUAAGAAUAUGUGUGUGCAAUAAUAAUAGGGAACGGUACGGUACGGUGCCCCAAAACAUGAAAAUGGUGCUAGACGCUCCUAACGCCGUGCCGAGCUGGCAUAUUUUGCUUAGCGACGCCGUCGACGCCGUUUUUCCCGGCCGCGAACUCUGCGCGAGGAAUUUACAACAAAAACAAUGAAUUAAAUGGCCCUGUCUUAAUGACGUCACAAGCGUAGCAGAGUGCAACAGACAGACAACAAUGACCGAUGAGCAUAAAAGUAACAUUAACAGUAACAGCAGUAACUCCAGCAACAACAACAACAACAGCAGCAGCAGUAAUAACGACAACAACAGCAACGACGACGCAGCAAGUAGCAGCAACAGCAAAAACCACAACGCCAGCAACGAGAGCAGCCACAGCAACAACAAUACUAGUAGCAUAAUUGCAGAGGCGGCCGCCAAGUUUCUACUGAAAAAUGGCCUAAACGGUAGUAGCAGCACCAGCUUUCCCCCUCUGCCACCGCCUCUGCCCGCCAACUUAAGCAGGACGACCACGCCCACGACAACGACAACGCCCUCAUCCUUCAGCUCCACCGCCUCAAAUGGCUUUUUGCCGCAUGCCAAGACGCCCAAAAGUAGUAGCAUUAUGGCUGCGUCCGCCGCAGUGGCAGCCAGCGUCGUUGGAGCUACUGCGUCCAAGCCCACCAUCGAUGACCUGGGCGGCGUCCUGGACUACAGCUCCUUGGGCGGAGCUGCAACAGGCUCACUGCCCACCACUGCAGCAGUAGCGGCGGCAGCGGGAACAGCGAAGAUCGGCAAGGGAAGCAACUCCGGCGGAAGCUUUGAUAUGGGCAGGACACCAAUAUCGACGCACGGCAACAAUAGCUGGGGCGGCUACGGUGGCCGUUUGCAGUUCUUCAAAGAUGGCAAAUUCAUAUUGGAACUUGCGCGGUCCAAGGAUGGCGAUAAAAGCGGCUGGGUCUCGGUCACGCGCAAGACCUUUCGCCCUCCAUCGGCGGCCACCUCCGCAACUGUGACCCCAACGUCGGCGGUGACCACAGCGUAUCCAAAGAACGAGAAUUCCACAUCGCUGAGCUUUUCGGACGACAACAGCUCGAUACAAUCCUCUCCUUGGCAGCGAGACCAGCCCUGGAAACAGUCCCGACCCAGGCGCGGCAUAUCUAAGGAGCUGUCGCUCUUCUUCCACCGCCCCAGGAACAGUACGCUUGGACAGGCUGCCCGCCGGACAGCCGCUCGCAAACGACGGCGUCCCCAUGAGCCGCUGACCACCAGCGAGGAUGAGCAGCCCAUUUUUGCGACGGCAGUCAAGGCGGAAAAUGGAGACGAUACUCUUAAAGCGGAAGCUGCAGAGGCCGUUGAAAUUGAAAAUGUUGCUGCGGCGGACACAUCCACAAAUGAGAUUAAAAUUGAAAAACCGGAAACGAUCAAAGGCGAGGAUGAUGCUGAACGGCUCGAAAUGGAGCCGAAGAAGGCGGCUAGCGAUGAUAGCGAGUCAAAAGAAGCAUCGCCUGGUCAGCAGGUGGAAACACAACCAAAAGAUGAGACUGUUGAGAAGAUGAAUACGAGCGAGGACGAGGAACCCAUGACAGAGCUGCCCAGAAUCACAAAUGACGUAAAUGGUGACCUAAACGGCGAUCUAAAGGCGAGCAUUGGGAAACCCAAAUCCAAAUCAAAGCCAAAAGCCAAGUUGAGCAGCAUCAUUCAGAAGCUGAUCGAUGGCGUACCAGCACGGCUUGAGCAAAUGUCGAAGACAUCAGCUGUGAUCGCAUCGACAACGACGCCUUCAGAGCGCAUUGGUGGCGGUCUAAGUCACGCCUUGACGCACAAAGUUUCUCCACCAUCAUCGGCGACAGCAGCCGGCCGACUAGUCGAGUACCACACCCAGCACGUGUCGCCCAGGAAGAGAAUCCUGCGCGAGUUCGAAAAGGUGUCGCUGGAGGACAACGGAUGCGUAAACAACGGCAGCGGUGGAGCUAGUAGCGGUGGAGCUGGAGGAAAACGGAGUCGGGCUAAAGGAACUUCGACAUCGUCUCCUGCUGGCAAGGCGUCACCAAUGAACUUGGCGCCACCCCAAGGAAAGCCGAGCCCCAGUCCCGGCUCCAGUUCAUCUAGUACUUCGCCAGCUACCUUGUCAACGCAGCCAACGCGGCUCAACAGCUCUUACAGUAUCCACUCACUGCUAAGUGGGAGCAGUGGCAGCGGUAGCUCAUCCUCCUCCUCCUCUGGCAAGAAGUGUGGCGAUCAUCCGGCAGCUAUUAUCAGCAAUGUGCACCAUCCACAGCACUCAAUGUACCAGCCCAGUUCCUCGAGCUAUCCACGCGCCCUGCUCACCUCGCCAAAGUCGCCCGAUGUGAGCGGCAGCAAUGGCGGGGGUGGAAAAUCGCCCUCGCAUGCGGGAACCAAGAAGCGUUCGCCACCGUACUCGGCGGGAUCACCUGUAGACUAUGGCCACUCCUUCUACAGGGAUCCGUAUGCGGGAGCAGGUCGUCCUUCCACAUCGGGCUCAGCAUCGCAGGACCUGUCGCCGCCGCGCUCUUCCCCAGCAUCGCCUGCAACGACGCCGCGUACUGUGCCCAAAAAGACUGCAUCGAUCCGACGCGAGUUCGCUUCACCGUCGGCCAGCAGCAGUAGCUGUCCCUCGCCCGGCGACCGGAGUGCAUCGCCCCCGGAACGGCGGCAUAUGCAGCAGCAGCCGCACCUACAGCGUAGCUCGCCGCUGCACUACUAUAUGUACCCGCCACCGCCCCAGGUGAACGGGAACGGUUCGGCCGGAAGUCCGACCUCGGCGCCGCCCACGUCGAACAGCAGUGCAGCUGCAGUAGCGGCGGCAGCAGCGGCCGCUGCCGCAUACAUUCCCUCGCCUUCGAUAUACAACCCGUACAUAUCCACACUGGCGGCGUUGAGGCACAAUCCGCUGUGGAUGCACCACUAUCAGACAGGAGCGUCGCCCCUGCUGUCGCCACAUCCACAACCCGGUGGCUCAGCGGCCGCCGCUGCUGCAGCUGCUGCUGCGAGAUUAUCGCCACAAUCGGCGUAUCACGCGUUCACGUAUAACGGAGUGGGAGCGGCUGUUGCCGCUGCAGCAGCUGCCGCCGCCUUCGGACAACCGGCGCCCAGUCCCCACACGCAUCCGCACUUGGCUCAUCCGCACCAGCAUCCGCACCCGGCUGCACUGACCACCCACCACUCUCCCGUUCACCUGGCCACGCCAAAACUGACUGAUAGUAGUACCGACCAAAUGUCUGCAACGUCCAGUCAUCGCACCGCCUCCACUUCGCCGAGCAGUUCGAGCGCAUCGGCCUCCUCCUCGGCGGCCACUUCGGGCGCCAGCUCCUCCGCAAUGUUUCAUACUAGUAGCCUAAGGAAUGAACAAAGUUCAGACUUACCACUGAAUCUGUCAAAGCACUGAGACAUACACACGCCCCAGCUGCCCCAGUUUCUGGGCCAACCAUUCGAGUUAAGAACAUUUUCGCACUAGUAGCGCUUAAGUCGACAUUCAAUACACGUAAUAUAAUUUGAUAAGUUCGCUGAUAGUUUAGUUGUAACCCGAUUGUUUAAACCUAGGUUCUCACUUAGCGCCGAACAUUUAAAAAUCGCAUACAGAAAGAGAUGAAAAACCUAACUAUGUUUUUAAACCCGUUCCAGAACUCUUUAUACAAUCAGUUAAGAAAUUUUAUUUUCGACAAGCUGGUUAAAAUAUGCAAAGGAAUUUUAUUCUAUGCCGACUAAUGGAAAAAAAUACUAAUAAAAACAUUUUGUAUAAAAUGCAAGUCUUAAAGAAUCUCAAAAAAGAGUUACGUUUUUUUUCAUCAAAACAUUUCCUUGAAACAGACUGAACCUGAAUUUUUUUAGAAAAAAAAAAUGAAAAACUUAGUUACGAAUCGCAGAAUAUAACAUUUUAAAGUAUAUUUAACAAAACUACAAGAACAGAUUUUUAUAAAAUGCUUGUGCCUUUAAAAAUGGAAACAGAACUAGGGAUACAAAAAUUAAUAUUAAAAAGAAAAUCAAGUUUACUAUAAAAACAUUUAUAUGCAAGCAUGUGCAGGUAUUCUAUGGUGAAAACUUUAGAAUUUCUUUAUAUCGUGGUCCAAAAUGCAAUUGACAGCAAUUUGCACUAAGCAGAUUCUAUACGACACCAACUUUUUAAGUACCUUUAAAAAUGUAUCUUCUUAUUAUUUCGGAAUAAUCAUUCUAAAAUAGUUCAAAGAUACAAGCAAUCCAUUUUUUUGAGACUGUAAAAAGUAAAAUAUAUCUAUACUCAAUUGUAAGAAAUUGUUGAAGUUUGAAUUUGAAUCCUCGGCGGAUCUAAAUUUAACCUCCACGAUUGUUGUCACCAUCAAAAAUAUUGUAUAACUUUGCCUAGUGCAAAUUCGCUGUCAGUGGCUGUCCAAUCAAAAACAAAUAAAAUGUACAAAAAAUCCACAUAUAUACGACAAAUUUACAAGAAACGGAAAGCAAAAAGAUCCUAAGCAGACAAUUUCAAACCGGAACUCGUACAAUUGAAACUGAUACAAAUAAAAAACAUAUUCCUAACGCAAAAAGACAAAAACAAAACGCGGUUUCUCAUAUUUUCUAAAUUAUUUAUAUAAAUCAAAUGUCUAUUUAUAUUUACCGAUAUGAUAAUGUGUAAGUAAAUAGUUGUAAUUGUAAAUACAGUAUUUUUACACAACAAAAAGUUAAUCGAUACGCGAGAAAUAACCAAUAUAUUUAAUAUAACUAUUUUUAUAACGGAUUUUAACAAGUAACUGUAUAUUUUGUAUCUGAUUACGCAGAAUAAAAAACAAAACGAAUUCCAUAUGAGGUCAAGAACAGUUUGCACAAGGCCGCCUGAAACUUGCUUAAAACUUAAUGCACUGAACAAAAUCCGAACUAAACACAUCUGUUCCAGACAGAUCAAAAAUAUUUUCCAAUGGAAAAAUUGAGUAGGUUCAUUUAUUUUUUAAAAAACCAAUACAUACAAUUUUCAUUUCGCAAUGUUUAAGCAAGUGGCAGUCGGCUAAACUUUUUAGUAGGCGUUAAAGAAAAUUAAAAAGAAAUAUAAAUACAAUUUCCAUACAAAUUCCAUAUGGUUUCUACUACCUACUGAUUAGUUAGUUAGAUAGGCGUCUAGGGACUAUUAAUUUACUUUUACAACGGUACUGUGUACGACGUUUUUGUUUAACUGAACGGUAGUGUUUAUAAUUUAAAAAUCGAUGUUUUUAGUGAGUGGCUAUUGUUGAACGAACACAUGUACUAUGUGCAUUGUCGAACAAUGUGCGCAAACCCGAAAAUAAUGUUGGCAAAAAGUGAAAUAUAUGAAUUAAGAAAAGGGUUUCAAGAUACUGCAUCUCGUGAUGUUGGAGUGUGUGUGUAAAGUAACGAAAACAAAAUUAAUAUUAAAGAAAUAUAUUUUAUAUAGGUAUAUAUACUGAAACUGAAUACUUGAUGUCAAUAAAAACUUAUACUAAAUGUACGAAAACGUA